GUAGUAGGGACGCGCGGCGGCUGGCGCGCGUCCGGCUGGCUUGAGGCUUCGCGCGCGCGCGCGCACCGGAAAAGUCAAAAGGCCUGGCAUUUUCCCGCGUGCGCCGCGGCUGAUCGAGUAGGCCGCGAGCGCGGCGGCGGCGCCUGCGCGCGCUUCUCUACUCGGUGGCUCGGUCGCGCACAGCUCUGGUCGUCGAGCUACUGCUGCUGCUGCUGCUGCUGCUGCUGCUGCUGCUGCUGCUGCUGCUACUGACGACUGGCCUCGCAGCCGCCGACUUCGCGUAACAUAGUCGCUAGCAACGAAGACGCUCACCCAGUGUGUUCAGUGCCAGUGCCAGUGCGCGGACAGUGCAGCAAGAUGAGUCGGCCUAACGACUCUCUGGUAUCACGGCGCCGCUCGUGCAUCGUCUCCUCUUCGCUUCGCCUCCGCUGCGGUCUUCUUCCAGCCUCGAGCUCGACCAGCACGCGUUCUUUCUCUCUCUCUCUCUCUCUCUCUCUCUCUUUCGUGCGGGCUCUCUCACUCUCUUUCUCUCUCUCUCUCUGUCUCUGUCUGUCUCUCUCUCUCUCUGUCUCUCUCUCUCUCUCUCUCUCUCUCUCUUUCAUCGAUUCGAGACGGACGCGACCAAAAUAUCGCACGUGCGCACCGAUGUAACAGCGAGCAGUAGCCAGCGCGAGUCAGCUGUGAGGAUUGUCGGACUGCAAGCGCGCCGCGCGCCCUCGCAGCACCGCCAAGUUGCCUCGGCGCGCUGCGCGCGCAACCUCGCCGCGCGCCGGGAUCCGUUCAAUUUCCCGAUUUUCGCCAGCGCCUGGCAAUUGCUUUUCGUCGCGCUGACUCGCCGCGCACUGUUGCGCCUCGGCCUAUCGCCCUCCUCGACCUCGACCUCGCGCUUCUCUUUCGCUCACCCGGCUACCGCCUCGAUCACGUGGCGCGCCUCGUGGGGUCGGUCUGUCGCAAUCGACUCACUAUUAAUAGAAUCACGCCGCUUCACCAUGAUACCCCGUUCCGCGCUAUCGAAAUUUACGCUCCAAGCGAUCGCGAAUGGCGAGCCGCGCUAGCGACGCUAUGCCCGUGCAUUGUCACGCUUUCAAGACCGAUCGAUGGAGAUGCUUGUGGUUGAUCGCAUGGUUGCAAUUUUGCAGUUGGUCCCGCUGAACGGGCUGAAGGAGACGCCGAAGAUCCAGGAGAUGGACGCAGCCAAGGUGGCGAAGCAGCCGAGGAGCCGUCGCACGCAGUGGAAGCAGUGGGCAGCCUGCAUUUCCGCCACCCUGUCGAUGGUAGCCGCGGGCACGGUGUACGGCUGGACCACGACGAUGCAGAAGCGGCUGAACCACAUCGCUGACGACCUGCCGUUCCGCAUAGAGGCCGACGAGUCGUCGUGGGUGGUGUCGGUGACGGUGAUAGGAUCGAUGAUCGGGCCGUUCUACGGAGCCUACGUGGCCGCCUCGUACGGGCGCAAGCUGUGCCUGCUGGCGACCGCGGCCUUCUACGUGACGGGCUGGCUGCUGGUGAUCUUCGCGCAGGCCGCCUGGUACCUGUACCUGUCGCGCAUCAUCCUGGGCAUCGGCGUGGGCAUGUCCUACACGGCCAACCCCAUGUACGUGUCGGAGGUGGCCGACGUGAACAUCCGCGGCGCGCUCUCCACGCUGAUCGCCGUGAACGUGUUCACGGGCUCGCUGCUGGCCUGCAGCGUGGGCCCGUGGGUGGCCUACCGCGUGCUCGGCGUCGUCAUGCUGGCCGUGCCCGUGCUCUUCCUGGCGAGCUUCGUCUGGUUCCCCGAGAGCCCCUACUACCUGGUGAGCAAGGGCCGCAGCGCCGAGGCGCUGCGGGCGCUGCGCUUCUUCAAGGGCCUCGGCGACGAGGCCGAGCUGCGCCAGGAGCUCGAGCUCGUGCGCCGCAACAUCGGCGAGCAGGCGAGCAGCGGCCAGAGCAGCGCCGACGAGCUCAAGUUCAAGUUCAGCGACUUCCUGCUGCUGAUGAAGACCAACAACCGGCGCGCCCUGCUCAUCGUCAUGGCGCUCAUCCUCGGCCAGCAGCUCAGCGGCAACUUCAGCACCAUGCAGUACCUCGAGACCAUGUUCGAGACGGCCGACAGCGCCGUCGACUCGCACGUGGCCACCAUCAUCGUGCUGGCCGUCGGCCUCGUGUCCGGCGCCACCUGCACCCUCAUGGUCGAGGGCGCCGGCCGCCGGCCGCUGCUCAUCUUCUCGGGCUUCGGCUGCGCCGUCGUCCUCGGCGUCCUCGGCGCCUACCUGGCCGUCGAUCACGCGCCCAAGGACAACGUCAACAGCGCCAUCAACCUACUGCCGGUCCUCGACGUCAUCGUCUUCCAGGUGGUCUACCAGAUCGGCCUCGGCACCAUGCCCAACCUGCUCAUCGGCGAGCUGUUCCCGACCAACGUCAAGGGCAUCGCCGGCGCCAUCGUCACCGUCUUCGACGGCCUCACCGGCUUUGUCGUCUCCAAGAUGUUCGAGGUGAUCUUCACCAACGUCGGCCCGCACGUGCCCUACCUCUUCUUCUCGGCCUCCUGCACCAUCCUCUUCGUCUUCGUGUACGCCUUCGUGCCCGAGACCAAGCGCAAGACCUUCAACGAGAUCCAGGACAUCCUCGCCGAGCUCAAGCCCUUCGAGCAGUCGGCCUUCUCCGCGAGCUGCUGGAGGCUCUGCGCCAGGGGCGCCGGCAAGCCGGCAGCGGUGCACGCCUCGCCCGGCAAAGUCAAGGCCGAGGAGGCGUGAUGAAGCUCCGCGCUGCGGCGCCGGAGCACACCUGCUCUCGAUAAUCGCGACGCCGCCGACACCGCGAGGCCCGAGGACGAUCAAGUUACGCACAAGUAAUCAUGUGAUAAAGACACCAAGAGAAACAGUCAGACGCAAACAGAGAAAGCUAUUUUAGUAUAAGACGUAUUUUUUAAAUAAAUAUAUGUACAUUGUUAAUUGUGUCGCUGUAGACCCGGUCGA